AUGGGAGGUGGCUCUUUUUGUGUGUUUCAGGUUCUCCUGCCUAGAGAGGAGUUCCUAGUGUACCCAGAUGACAUUAUCGGGAUCCAGCAUAACGCAGCAGUGAACUCCCUCCUCCAGUGCCCGCAAAGCUCCCAUUCCCCCUGGCGCCAGAGCUAUAUCAGCCUCAUGAAGGACGGCUGGUGGGAGGGGAGCAUCGGCAGCUUCUCCCACCCCACCUGGGUGGACCACGUCGUCUGUGACCUCCGAGUGACCUUCGUGGACGUGGCCCGGAGCUUUGCUGCCAUGCCACUGCUGGCCAGGCAUUUGGAACCCGGGGCCUACACCUACACAGCAACCGUGAGGAACGCCAUCAGCAGCAGGCAGGUGGACUGCACGGUGCAGGUGCAGACCAAAGUCAGCGGGCUGCAGAUCAUCCACCCAGCACUCGCCAGCGGGAAGCUCCAUGUGGCCUCCAAGAGAGAGACUCUGAUUGUCGUCAAGAUUCUCUCCGGCUGCAGUGCUGCAGCUCACUGGACGGCACCGGUGAAUAGGGCUGGGGUGUUGUUUGAGGCCACCUGCCCAGGUAGCCUCACAGCACGUGUCCCCGCCUGCCACAGAGACACAGCGGACACCUGGUUCUCUUCGGCCCUGCUUCGCAUGGAGGAGCCGAGAACGGAGACCCUGAAUGUGCUGGUGGCCAACGAGAUCAGCUCCCAGAAGCUGUCAGUGAAGAUCCAGUCGUACGAUGCCAUUGAGGGGCUGCGGGUGGUGCCGCAUGGACCCCGCAGGAUGCUUGUGGAUGUGUCUCAGGUGUUCUCUGCAGAGCUUGCCCAGGGCUCCUCUGUGUCCUACAGCUGGGUCAUUGACAACAUGGACAUGUUUGCCUACAAGGGACAAACCUACAGCAUCAAGUUCAAGAGACCUGCCACAUACCAGCUGAAGCUCAGAGCUGAGAACCCCGUAAGUUCGCAGGUCGUGGAAGUGGCGCUGACAGCCGAGGCGAUGAAUCCACUCGCCAACCCUGAGAUAGUGGGGCUCCCUGGUGUGGUGGCAGUUGACACCCCCCAAAUGCUGGUGUUCAGGGUGGAAGUGGACACUGCUAUGGAAGUCACUGUGAGGUGGGGUUUUGGGGAUGGCAGCCCCAAGGUGGAGAGCCUGCUGUCUCCCCCCUAUGACUCACAGCUGUCCCGGCCAGACCCACAGGGAGAGAGGGUCCAGGUGCUGGCCAGAGUGACCCACACAUACACUCAACCAGGCAACUACUCAGUGACUGCUGAGGCCGUCAACAAAUACGAUCGAGUGGAGCAGGUGGCCAGAGUCCACGCCGUCUGCCCCAUAGCGUCCGUGACCAUUCGGGUGACUCCAGCCUCCCCCCUGGUGAAUGAGGUUACCCAGUUCGAAGCGUUACCCCGCCCUUCCCCCUAUGGCAUUGUUUACUCCUGGAACUUCAACGAUGGCUCUCCCACGCAGGUGGGAGUGAAUUUGCGGGUGCGCCACAGCUUUGAGAAGAGUGGGGUUUACAACGUGCUGCUGCGGGCCCUGGGUGCAGCCACCGUUAUCAAUGCCGUGUUGGACUCUGGCACAGAUGUCCUGUGGACUUUUAACAUGGGGGACGGGUCCGUCCACGGCAACCUGAAUCUAAGCUUCGUCUCUCACACUUUCGCCAAGGAAGGCAACUACACAGUGACGGUGACGGCUCACAAUGCCGCCACCUCGACCCACGUCUCCACCAUUGCAGAGGUUUACCAGCUUCAGAUAACUGACAUCCUAGCACCCAGCUGCCUCUCCACAGGGGAACUGACUCACUUCCAAGCAGCGCUAACAGGGCCGAGCAAAGGGGUUCAGUUCUGCUGGGAUUUCCAAGAUGGCAGCCCCUCUUCUAUCAGGCUUGGGGACCCCACAGUCUUUCACAGUUACCCAGUGGCCGGGCACUACCAGCUGAACCUGACUGUACGUGGCACAGUAAGCAUUGCCUCUCGCCAACUGGCCAUCUGCGUAGAGGAUCAGAUCCGUUCGGUUAAGCUGACGGUACCGACUCUGGCUGUAGCUUUAGGGGAACCCAUGAGCUUCCAGGCUGAGGUGGUUCCAGUGCCGGAUCCCCAGCACCAGUAUUGGUACCACUGGGACUUUGGUAUUGGUGAGGACCCAGUGACCUCGGGGUCUCCAGAAAUCACAUUCAUCUACCUGGAGGGAGGAUUGUACCGGGUGUCGGUCUCUGUGUGGAACACGGUUAGCCGGAAAAAUGCCUCAGCAGAUAUCCUGGCUCAAAGGGCGGUUGGCACCAUCUCUAUUCUCCACAGCGGUGAAACAGGGAGCUUUCUGGCACUGGGCACCUCUUACCUCUUUAUGGCUGAGGUCCCCUCGGACAGUGCAGCCACCUUUCUGUGGAACUUUGGAGAUAGUUCUCCCCCGCAGGCAGGUCAGAGCGCCUCCCACACCUACCACGUGGCUGGUGAUGUCACCGUCACCGUGACCGGAGAGAACCAGGUUAGCCAGAAAAGUGCCUCACUUGAUGUUACAGUCCUGGCCCCAGUGUGGCGGCUGACUCUGAGCACUGAGCAGCCGGUCUGUGAAGUCAGGCAGGAGGUCACCUUUCAUGCCUCUCUGGCGGUAGGAGACCAGGUUCGCUACCACUGGGCUAUUGGAGAGCCCCGUGACUUUCAGAAAGGGGCUGCCAUGUUCUCCCAUGCUUUCCCUGCCACUGGCGUCUUCGUGGUUUUCGUCACAGCCGAGAACGCAGUGAGCACAGAGAAGGCAAAUGUCACUGUUGAGGUCCAGGAGCGAGCCCAGGGGCUUCAGAUCCACAGCGGGAAUGUGGUGCAAGGCAGGUACCUGGCAUCUGCUGAACUCUUUGUGCUGACCGCCGAGGUAACCCAGGGCUCCAACCUCACCUUCUGCUGGGUGAUUUCUCAAGGGCCACGCCGAGUGUUCACCACUACGGGACGGUCGCUCACAUUCUGUUACAAUGCGAGUGGGGAGCUGCUGGUGGAGGUGAGAGCCAGGAACCUGCUGGGAGAGGUGUCCGCUGGCCUUGCCCUGCAGGUGAUGGAGAGAGCCUCUGGUGUGCAAGUCCAGGCAGCCAGUGGCAGUGUGGCUGUGGGAAAGCCGGUGAACCUCUCCGUAUCUGUGACCUCUGGGACGGAUUUGCUCUAUUCCUGGCACCUCGAGGAGCAUGCCCAGCCCUUGCUCACCAACUCCUCCUCUCUGUCCUACACCUACUCCACUCUGGGCUCCAAGCUGGUGUUCGUCACAGUUUCUAACGUUCUUGGUUCCACCAAUGGCUCCACAGAGCUAAGAGUCCAGGAGCCCGUUUCCAGGGUGAGCUUCACGGUGGAAGGAAACACUCCCCCCUUCUUCUUGAUGUCUAACACCUCUAGGCAGCUCUGGGGCUCUGGGGCUACAGGCUCUGAUGUCACGUGGGAAUGGAAGCUGCAGGGGAAGGAGAAGCAGCCACUGUUCCGUGGACAGAACAUCUCCUGCGAAUUCAGUGAGGCUGGAGUCUACCAGGUAGACCUCCACGCCUGGAAUGACAUCAGUGAGGACACAGUCUGGCACGCCCUGGCUGUCCAAGACCCUGUGGCUGGGCUGGCAGUGGAAGUGGACAGGCGGGACGUGUGCACCGACGACAGGGUAGUCUUCGUGCUGCACCUUCAGAGGGGCACGAACGCGAGCUUUGCUCUCACUGUCCCCUCUUUGGGGCUCAGCCAGGAUAUCCGCGGAGGAACGCAUCACUUCUCUUUCCCGGAGGCAGGCUCUCACCGGGUGCUGGUGUCGGCCUCCAACAACGUCAGCAUGGAGGUGGCCUUCGUGGUGGUCCAGGUGCUGGAGAAGGUGCGAGGGCUGCACAUCCCCAAUUGCUGCCCAGCCAUUCUGGAGUCCAACAAGGAGCUGACACUCAGGGCCCAGGUGCGAGCUGGGGAGAACGUCACCUUUUUCUGGGUCUUUGACCUCCCUGGGUACCCUGCCCAUGAAGCAGCAGGCCAGCAGGUGGGGUACAUGCCCCCCGGAGCAGGUAACCUGACCAUUCACGUGGAGGCCCGUAACCCGUUCUGUGCUGCCUCUCUGGCAGUGUCCAUGGUUCUGCAGGUGCCCGUCGGGGCAGCCACCUUGUCCAGCAAUGGGACUGGGGCUUUCACCAAUCAGACAGUGGCCUUUGACGUGGCGGUUGCGGGCGGCAGUGAUCUCCGCUCCACUGAUCUCCGCUCCACGUGGCAGUUCGGGGACUCAGAAGAGACCUUUGCCAGUGGCGGGGCCGAGAGAGUGUUUCACCGUUACGGCCGUGCUGGGGAUUUCGCAGUGGAGGUGAAGCUCUACAAUGAGGUCAGCUUUGUCCUGGUGCAGACGAUGGUCACCGUGCGGGAGCUGGCGUGUGACCGCCCCAUUGUGAGACUGGUGGAGCCGCCCUCCUCUGUCCCCAAAUCCCGCACUAGCUACUUUGAGGCUAGCGUAGACCUGAAGGGGUGCACAGCUUACAGGGCCUUGUAUCUCUGGGAGGUGUUUGACAGCCCCGGCUGUGAGCAACUGGAAGAGGCUGACCGGGUGUCCCUGCCGCACGUGGACAUGUUCAGCCCAUCACUCACGCUCCCCAAGCUCUCACUGGUCAUCGGCACCCACUGCCUGCGCUUCACUGUCUCUCUCCAGCACACCCCUCUAGCCCGGACACUUUCCCGGCUCAUCGCUGUCCUCCCCAGCAAGCUGGUGCCCAUCAUCCAAGGCGGGUCGUGGAGGAGCUGGUCUGCCCACCGGGACCUGGUUCUGGAUGGCAGCGGGUCAUACGACCCUGAUGUGGGGACAGACGCGGACCCCUCCCUGGAGUACCACUGGGGCUGGGAGAACGUGUCCACGCCCUGGUGUGCGCCCCCUCCCCUGCAGAGCGGUGCCAGCAUCACCAUUCCCCGCACGGGGCUCUGCACAGGGGCUGGCUACCGCUUCAUUCUGCCAGCCUCUGUGGCCCAGACGGUUUGGAUCCAGCCCAGCCAGAUCCUGCCCGUGGCCAUUGAGUGCCGUUCCUGCAGUGCCCUGUCGAGCUACGAGAUCAGCAGGAGCAUCCACGUCAAGCUGGCCGGGCAGUGCCGGAGCUGUGGCAACAGGACCGUGUACAAGUGGACGGCUCAGAGUUCGGACGGACAACCUGUAACCCUGGACCAUGUGACCACCUCCACCGGGGACUCGAACCGGGACCUGGUGAUCCGACAAGGGGCCCUGCAGGACGGGGUGAAUUACACUUUCACUCUCUCAGCCUCUGAGCCUGGAGGGGAGCUGCAGGGGGCAUCCAGCAUCUCUCUGACCCCCAACAACCCGCCCAGGGGAGGGGUCUGCACCCUGACACCCGAACACAACCUCUACCUCCUGGAGACCCCGGUCUCCUACCAGUGCACAGGCUGGAGGGAUGAUGAUAGCAGCCCGGUGCAGCUGAUUUACACGCUGACUGCUGAAAGGUGCUCUCCCGAGGGCAGGCACUGCCAGGCCUUCACCCUCUACCGAGGGAUCCAGUCCUCCUUCAGCAUCUUCCUCCCUGCGGCCACCAGCGGCAGCCUCUCCACUGUCCACGUCCUGGUAGAGCUGGAGGACUCGCAGGGGGCGAAGACGCUGGCCCUGAACCGGACCCUGACUCUGGUCAUGCCAGUGCUUCCAGGGGACUUCCUGUCUGUCACCAGCUGGCUGAAGAACAAGAGCCAAUCAGAACUGUGGGGUGUGGUCCAGCAGGGCAACCCCCAAGAGGUGAUCCCAUACUCCCUGGCCCUCAUCACGGUGCUGAAUCAGCACUCGGGCAGCCAGGGUGAGGAGGAGCUGAGGGACCGAAUCGGCAUCCGCAACAACGUCACCGCAGCACUGGCCUCCCUCCGUGUCUCCAGCGUGAAGGAGGUUGCCCAGCUGAGUGCGGCGCUGCAGCCGUGUGUGGCAUUCCCAGGAGAGCUCAGCCCCGAAAGCCAGGCCAGGAUCCUGGCAGCAGCCCAGCGAAUGAUCGACGUCAUCAGCACGGAGACGGAGGAAGGUCACGAGACGCCCACCUCUGCCGGCAGCAGCAUCCUGGGGAUUCUGGGGAGCAUGUUAUCAGCACUGGACAUGGCCCCCCACCUGCCUGUGUCUGGGGCCCUGGGUCUUAGCACAGCCUUGAGCGCCUUCCACCUCACCCGGGCCCUGAUGAAGUCCCUGAUGAGGUCCCGGGUCCUGAAUGAGGAGACCUUGUCGCUGUCUGUUUCGGAGAUCCGCACGCAGGGCAAGAGGGCCGACUCCCCCAACCUGCUGUGCCUGGUGCCCUCUGAGCGAUGCCUCUUCUCUGUGCCCAGUGCGGUGGCAGGGCAGCUGGCGGGGAGCCAGGAGGUGGUGCAGGUGCUCAUGGACAUCUCCGUCAACCCCUUCCCAUUCAAUUACUACGCCAACUCCUCCAUCUCCACCCGCCUGGCGCUGCUGGAGUUCACCACUCCCGGAGGGGCUCCCAUCCCAGUCUCCAGCCUGUCCGGGGAGCAGGCUAUCGGGCUGAGGCUGCCGACCGGGCAGCAGGAGCAGCGGCGCUCCCCUCCAACGCUCAUCCUCAUCCCUCCUGGGGAGUCGGUGACUUUCACAGUGAGGGCUUCGGCGGGGAGCCGGGCCGAGGGGGUGCACAUCCACAUUGGCGUCACCGUGCAGGAGGGUUUUGACCCCAGCGAGGAGACCGAGCCCUCCAUCCGUUUCUAUGGACACUACGUCCCUGCUCCCAGUGAGUUCCACUAUGCCUGGAAGGAAGAAAUGAUCUUUGACAGCCUGCAAGCAGGCAGCGACAGGGAGGUCACCCUCUUGCUUUCAUCUCCCCACCGCUUCAACAGGACGCUCCACGAAUAUCACGUCAACAUCACCAACAGCUUCUCCCAGGCAUCUGCCAGCGCCGCGAUCACCGUCUUUGCCAGCCUCUGCCAGUACUUCCACUUCCCCAGCAUGCAGUGGAGCACCGAGGGGCUGAGCCCAACGGCCGCCACCAGCCAGAAGGAGAUUGUGUGUCUGACCGAACAUCUCACCGUCUUCGGAGCCAGUCUCUUUGUGCCACCGCACAGCAUCCUCUUCCUGCCCCCGAGCCAGCAUGGCAGGCAGGCUCCGCUGGUGGUGAUUACCUGCUGCGUGCUCGUCGCCAUCUACCUGGGGCUGGUGCUGAUCGCCCACAAGCUGGAUGACAUUGACAUCACCCGGGUGGGCAUCAUCCCUCGCUGUGGCCAGGCUGGGCGGUACAAGUACUGGGUAAUGGUAAAGACUGGCUGGAAAAGAGGAUCAGGUACCACCGCACACGUAGGGAUCAGCUUAUAUGGGCUGAACAAAAGUGGCUCUCGCCACCUGGACAAGGGCUGGGCCUUCCAGAGAAACAACCAGGAUAUAUUCCAGGUGGAGACUGAUGCGAACCUGGGAGAGAUCUGGAAGAUCCGCAUCUGGCACGAUAACACUGGGCUGGACCCUUCCUGGUACCUGCAGCACGUCAUUGUCUGGGACAGACAGACAGACCAUAUGUAUUUCUUCCUGGUGGACGACUGGCUGUCAGUGGAAAACGAGAAGAAUGAAGGACUGGUGGAAAAGGAAGUCCUGGCUGCCUGCCCACAGGAGCUGAAAUGCUUCUCUCGGGUUUUCCCUGCCCAGCUGCGUCUUGGCUUCUCUGACUGGCACAUGUGGCUCUCAGUCUGGGGCCGCUGUCCCCACAGCCGCUUCACCCGGGUGCAGAGGAUUACCUGCUGCAUGCUGGCUGUGUACCUCUUCCUGGCCACGUGUGUGCUCUGGUAUGGAGCCGUCAGCACUGAGGGCAACAGUGUUCCCCUGGGGAGUCAGGCAUCAGUGACAGCAGAAAGUAUUGCCGUGGGGAUGGUCGUGGCUUUAGUGGUCUUCCCAAUACAACUUCUCUUCACCUUCAUCUUCAGGAGAACUCGCAGUAAGGUGGUGGUAGAAGACCCCGACCCACCUGUGCAGGACGCUCAGACUGUGGAGAUGGACGUGUGCCUUGAGCACUCGGACCUGGGCAGCUCCUCCUUCCUGUCUAUCCCAGGGGGGCUGGAGUCCAUCAUGGACCAGAGCUCUGUUAGCUGUGAGUCCCCCGGGAGCAGGAGGCCAGCGCCCACCAAGGAGACUCUCACUAACACGGGCACUGAACGGGCCGUGAACCACUGGCCCUCCUGCGACAGCAUCUUCGACGUCCCGGAGCUUCUGAGCGUGGACCCCCUGGAGCACCAGAGUCGGAUCCUCAAGAGGAAGAAGGCCCUACUGAAGCUGGGAAUUGAGUCGGCAUCCAGCUCUGAUGACGACCCCCUGUCCCUCUCCUUAGGGGACUCGGAGGAUAGCAGGAGAGCCAGCUGUGGCCACCGCCUCACCCGCUCCGAGGAAGAUUUGCUCAACUCCAUCGUAGCUGAGACACAGCUGAACAGCUCCUCGGGCUGUGUCACGUCCGACAGCGGCAGGUUCUCGCCCCGAGCCCAGGCAGAUCUCGUUUCCGAUAUUAUAGAAAGUCCCUGCAGCGGCUGGGCUGCUGGCAGCCCAGAGCAGGGGAGGAGCGGCUGGGGCUUCCUGCGCAAAUCCUUCUCCUACAUCUCCGCCAUGACGAGCACCGGCAGCAUGCUGCCCCCAGAUCCAGAGCCUCUGCCUGCCUCCGCAUCCUCCUUCUCCACCCGGAUCGGGGUGUCCCGCAGACCCUUGGAGUGGCUCUUCCCUGGCUGGGUGUUGCCCGUGACCUAUGCCUUCAUCUUCCUGCUCCUAGCAGGCUGCUUCACCAUCACCAUCCUCUAUGGCGCCUCCCUGCAUGACCACACUGCCCUAAUGUGGCUCAUCUCCUCCCUCUUCUCCUUCAUCACCUCCUUUGUGCUGCUGGAGCCGCUGAAGGUGCUGCUGGAGGCCCUGCGUGCUGCUCUCCUCACCAAGCCAGUGGACAGUGAAGAAGAGGGGCUGGUGGAGGAGCCGCUGGUAAAGCCAGUACCUGAGCGCAUUGGGAAGGUGCGAGUGCCCUAUGGGUACGGGCUUCUCCAAGCCAAGGAGGAGGCGAGGAAAGUGCGGGCGCUGCGAGCGCUGAUGAGGAAGUGUCUCACCCACAUGCUCUUCCUCCUGGUGGUUCUGAUGGUCAACUACCAGAGCUGCUUCCACAACCCCAAUAUCCAUCUCCUGCAUGCUGCUGUCCGACAGGCCAUUGCCGCCCCCAACGACAGGGGACUCCACUUCUCCUCUGUGCACAGUUACACCGACACAUGGGAGUGGAUAGACUCUGUGCUACUGAGCUACCUCUACAGCAACCCCCGCCUGACCCUGGCUGGGGUACCUCGGCUCCGGCAGGAGCACUCUGCUGGGAACAUACCUCUGGAUCUGGUGCCCAGAGCCGAGGUUCCCAGGAGUGGCCAAGUGGACAGAGAUGCAUGCUCUGAUGCCAGCCCCCAGAAUGCAUCCCAUGACUCUAUCGGGUUUUGGGUCUGGGGGCAUGUGGGAGUUUACCCCAGUAACACUGGCUGCUGGAGGGAGCUUGGCAACAGCUCCGCCCAAGCCCGAAGGACACUGGCUGACCUGCGAGCCAGCAAUUGGAUCGACAAAAGGAGCAGAGCCGUGUUUCUGGAGUUUACCCAAUACAAUGCUGAUGUCAACCUGUACGUGACUGUAGUGCUGCUGCUCGAGUUCCCGGCAGUCAGACCAGCUGUUCCGUCUAGCCUCAUCCUCCCCUACCGAAUGCUGCGCUUCGGCACCGGGCUGGACCUUCCCCUUGCCUUAGUGAUCUCACUGCUUCUCUUCAGCGUGGCCUUUCUGCUGCCAGAGCUGUCGCUCCUGUCUCAGGAAGGGGCCUCCUAUUUGGGUCAGAGCCGCUGUUGGCUCCAGCUGCUCCUGGCACUGCUCUCCAUCGCGGUUGGCGCCUUGCACCUUGCACACCUCUGGCUGGCAGAGGUGCGGCUGGAGCAUUACUGGGGACACCGCCACGCUUUCACUAGCUUCUAUGAAGUGGCACUGUUGGCUCGGGCGCAACGCUGCGUCUCGGCGCUGCUGCUGGCCGUCACCACGCUGAAGGUUGUCCGGCAGCUGCGCUUUGUCCGACGAUGGUCUGUGUUUGGGAAGACGUUCCAGCAUGCACUGGGAGACCUAGCAUCUGCCACGCUCCUCUUCCUCCUGCUGCUCUUUGUCUAUGCCCAGUGUGGCACUCUGGCCUUCUCUGCCACCGUAGAGGAGUUCCGAACAUUCCAAAAUGCCUUCUCCGCACUGCUUUCGGCCCUCCACGGGAAAGUGGCUUUCCAGCGCGUGAUCCGGGAAUUCCCCACCCUCGGAGUAGCAUACGUCCUCAGCUUCACAGUCAGCUUGCUCUGCAUUGGCAGCCUUUUCCUUUGUGCUAUUGUCCUGCACAGUUUCCAUACGGUCCAAGCAGAGAUGUACCGCCCCGCCAUUGAACCGCAGGACUACGAGAUGAUCGAAUUCUUUGUCAAGAGGUUCAAGCUGUGGAUGGGGCUCAGCAAAACUAAAGAGUUUCGCCACAAAGUGAAGUUUGAAGGGAUGGACUCCCUGACUUCGCGCUCUUCCAGGAACUCCAAACGCUCCUGCCUCCUCUCUGCCGGCACCGUCUUUCGCUGCACCAGCUCCGCCAACUCCUCGAGCUCCAUCAGCUCUGAAGAGCUGGCCCUUCCUGAGAGCCCUGCGCCGGAGCCGUACAAUGUAGCGUUGUACUUGGAGCAGCUACCCUCCGUGGUCAGUAACCUUCUGGAUCAGUUUGACCGGGUCAGUAGAGUGCUGGAGGAUGUGUACCAGCUGGAGAGGGGUCUGGAACAGGCUCAGAAAAGAAUUAGCGAUAACAAGAAGGGACAGAAGAGCCGGAAGGGGGAGAAGCUGGUGCCAGGUAAGCAGUUAGAGCUACCAAGGACUUACAGCACCUUCUCGGAGCCUGCCCUGAUCAGACUGAGGGCCUGUAGGCCAAAGGUCUCCAACUGCGAUGCCUCUAAUGGGCCCACACUGGUCCAGCAGCCUCCAGAAGAUUCUAUACCUCACCCAGUGGCCGGGAACACGUCCUGGCUGGGUGGCCCUCCAGUAUCAACUGAUCUCGGCCAAAGGCUUACCCAGGCACCUGGUAUUUCGCGCAAGUGGAGACCAAAGAGCGAGGCGGGGCGGGGCUGGCUCUGCUGUGAUGUGCCCCAGAGGCAGAUCCCGUUAAAGAGAAGAGCAUGGCAAACAGAAGGUGCGGAGAAUGUGUAAUGAGACUAAGGUACAAAUCAGAGGACAGGCCAAGCUCCUGUCCCAGCUGUGGAACCUGAGGCCUCUCCAAUUUCAUAGAGUGCUUCCCUCUCAGCAUUUAUCCUGGACAAUUCUUUGGAUUAGCUCCGUCCGCCACCCCUCUCCAGCACAGGGGGCCAGAAUGCCAUUUUCCCCCACUCCCUUGGGACUUCAGCAGUGAUCGGGUGAUGCCAGUUCCUGGGGCAGAGCCAAAUCCUGGCAAAAUCACAUGGCGAUGCUCUCAUCAGAAGAGACAGAUCACGUGGGCAGCUUCCCAAGAGCAGUGAGAAACAAUGGCUGAUAAUAAAGUCACGGGCCGGUCCCUUUGAGGGCCUUCGGCCUCCCCGCUUCACGGAAAUGGACUAAUCAAAAGGCAGCUGGAGCAGCCACCCCAGAAGAAAUGCUCCCCAUUAUUGCUGCUGAAAUUCCCCCAGACUGAGACUUGUCUGUUCCUUCCUAGGCCCAUUGAAACUCUCUGAAGGGGCUGAAGCAAAGGCAGGUGCAGUAGCUACCCCUAAAGGAUUCCAUCCUGGGGCUGAACUGUAGAAUGAUUUUUUUAAAUAAUUUUCCCACAUUCUGUAUUGUAUUUAAUCACCAACAGCGGUUAGUGGAAACAUACGUAGCUAGCUCAGAGAUGUGUAUUUAGCUAACUCAGUUAAAGGAUUUACAAUCAAAGGAACAAAUGCUUGAAUGCAUUGGUCUGUCCAUACUGCUGUGUGUUUUGCAUGUCAGCUGUGCACAGCUGGCCAGACACUCCCUGUAUUUAUUGCCAAGUGCCCGAGACACUUGGCAAGACACGAGAAGUCAUUCUUCUGCUCUACUCUGCGCUGAGUAGGCCUC